AUUAGAGUAAUUAAAUAAUCUUGAUAAUCUAAAUGAGAACAUUUUUCAGGGUCUCUUAAUGAAACAGAUGGAAUGGGACUCCGAGAGAUGUCUAGUCUCUCCUGCUGCAUCCGAGAUUUAUUAACGACAAUCAAGCAACCGCGUUUUUCUGCAUAUUUUUCGUUCUUUCGUUUUAGUUUCGUAGGAAGUGUGAUUGUACAGGAUGUAAAUAAUGGCCUUCCAGUUGGAUGAUCUUCUGAAAGAGGACAAAAAGGAUGCAAAUUUAUUGCCUGACUUAAGUAAGGCAACCUGUAACUCUCAAGAGGAGUUUCGUCGACUUCUCGAGAACUGUCCUGAAUUUAAAAUUAAACCAGAAAAGAUAAAAAGGGAUGAUGCCAAAGUGCGGGACAAAGAAUUUUCUUGGAAGCCAACUAAAAAAGAAUUAAAAGCACUUGGAAGAGAGUGGAAUUACGGAAAUCCAAUACCUCCAGACAUGAGGGGCUUAAAUCUUCGUGAACUACAGCAGGUUGCUAUCGAUUGGAGAAUGCUAACACCUAUUAGACCAAAACAUCGACAGGACGAGGAAAUGUUCUCAAGAUUGGUGGAAAUGGGAAAGCUGGAAGCAAAAACAAUCGCCAAAGAGCGGCGAUCAAAUCUAAGUCCUAUAAGACGUAGCAAAAAUCGAGCAGGUGUAAUUGAAAGCAGCGUAAAGAUCUGCUCUGAAUGCGGAGACGAAUAUUGCUUCGGUGAGUUUUGCGGAGAUGUUUUAUACGACUCGUUUACGAGGGUGACUGUGACGACCCAGCAACCGAAAGUCAAAGUAUCCGCCGACACUGAAGCGAUAAUAGCUAACUUAGAUCGCAAGAAGAAGCGUAAGAAGAGAAAAACGACUAAAAGUAAAAUUAGAGUACCUAGAAAAAAUACUAGGGUGGUUCGAAGUAAGGGAAAGAAAUAUACAAGUAAUGAUUUAGGUAGGAAAAGCAAGAUGGAGGAUGAUGGAAGCGAUUCAAAGCCAAUUAAACCGUUUAAAAGAAAAUGUAGUAAAUAUACUAAAAAAGGACUACGAAAAUAAUGGUAAAAUUUUUAUGUAUAUUCUGA